UUGUUCUCCUACACGCUCAGCAGGGAGACAGAUCUCUCUUCACGGUGCAGCUGCAGCCAGGCUCCCCUCUCUGCUACAUCAGGCCGCGCAUGCGCAGUGGCUCCUCUGUGCGCUCUACUGUUUGCAUUGUGUCUCAACUGCCGGCGAGCUUUAAAAAUAUUAUACCCACCGCGGCAAUGUCGGGCAGGUCGGUCCGAGCUGAGACCCGGAGCAGGGCGAAAGAUGACAUCAAGAGGGUUAUGGCCGCUAUUGAGAAAGUACGAAAAUGGGAGAAGAAAUGGGUGACUGUUGGAGACACGUCCCUUCGCAUCUACAAGUGGGUGCCAGUGACGGAGCCCAAAUCAGAUGAUAAGAACAAGAAUAAGAAGAAGGGCAAAGAUGAGAAAUACGGCUCAGAGUUGACGACUCCAGAGAACAGCUCCUCUCCGGGGAUGAUGGACAUGCAUGAUGACAACAGCAACCAGAGCUCCAUCGCCGACUCGUCCCCAGUGAAACAGGAAAACAGUUGUAGCACCAGCCCCACCCCAGAGCCCACCGCCGCGUCUCACCGCGAGAACAGCGAGGCCAAGACUGACCAGAGCCCGGACAGCAAGAGGGGUAAGACCACCCCUUCAUCAGAGACCUCAGAGAGAGCACAAAGUGCCAAGAGAGACAGCCUGUCCUCGGGGGAGAAGGACUCUUCAGACAGCAAAGCCACUCAGGACCUAGAGGAGGAGGCCCCGCCCAGCAAGAAAAGCAAACUGGAGUCCUCGUCUCAGGACUUUGAGGAGAGUUAAAUGUUUGGGGCUGAGUCAUUUCUCUCCUUCACCCUCCUCUCUCCCUCCCCCUGUACCUCCCUCCAUUAACUCUAGAUCAUUUAGGGCUAAUGGAUACACCAGCUCUCCUCCCACUCCUCUUACUACCCAACCUCCCCUUCGCUACCCAAACUAUACCAAAGGGAGAAUGGACGUGUGUCUCCCCCUCACCCUCCUGGCGGCUGUUUCCCCUCCGAUUUGCCAUCUUUGCCCUAACACUCCUCUGCCACAGAGGGAGAAUGGAUAUUACCUCUAUUCACUGGUCCCCUCCGUGCUUCCUUCCAGUUCUCCACACUUUUCACUAAUGCCAAGAGAAGCUCUGAACCCCGGGCUGCAAUUCCCUCUGUGACCAGGGGCGGCGCUGUCAGCCGAGCCCAGCCACCGCCAGGCCAGAACACAAACACUGACCUGCACCUGUGACUAAAAGAGUUAACACUGGGGAUCUGAGAUUAGGACGAGGUUGAUCCCGGACGCUGCUCUGAGACCGUUUUUAAAACGUUUUACUGCUCAUGGUUUAGCUCAGGAUACUCAAGAGGCUAACCUGGUCUCAGAUCAGCGGCUGCGGGGGGAACCUCCACCCUAAGACCACGUCACUUCAAUCCUCCCGAUUCGCCUCCUGUUAGACUAAUGUUCUAUAUUUGUUUAGGAAGUGUUUAGGGUUUUUUUCUCAGGAGGGUCAAUGCACUGUUAUGGUAUGUCACAAUCGAUCACAGAUAGAUUUGCUGCUGUAGUGGAAGUCUUUUUUCUCUAUCCAUGAAAAGUUCUCCAUUCACAUGUUUGUUUGUUUUUUUUUUUAAAGUGAGUAAGUUUGUGGUUUCGUAGAGGAAGAAUUAGAAGAGGACGACGGUACUGGUCAAGAUAAACUCUUGGAUAAGUAGUGAAGACAGGCAUAGGUAGCGUUGGUCCUGAAGGUGUGCCUUGAGUUGCUACGAUUAAAUACACGUUUUAGGUCAAGCAGGUUUUGAAUUACAAUUCUGGUGCCAUGUUUUGUUUUGGGGUUUUUUUUUGUUUGCCUUAUAAUCGUCACUAAUUCGUAUAAUCCAAUAUUUAUAUUCAACGACAACAGUUUAGUUCAUAUUUGAAGGAAUAGCUAAACAUUUUGGUGAAUAUUCACUUUCUUACCGAGAGUUAGAUGAGAGGAUUGAUGCCACUCUCGUGUCUGUACGUUAAAGAGUCUUGACGCUUAGCUUAGCUUAGCAUAACGACUGGAAACGGGGGGACAAAGUUAGCCUGGUUCUGUCCAGGAAAGAAAAAUCACCCAUAAAAAUAAACACAUCAUGGAGACACAUAGACUUCGGCAUUUUGUACAGAUUAAACAAAUGAGAUACAACGUGUGAAUUAGUGAGCUUUGGAGGUGCUUGUAGACGGAUUUAGCUAACUAACAUGUUUAAUUUGUAUAACAAAGGCUAAAAAUGACAAAUUGUGGUUUUUCAUGUGUUUAUGUGCUGGAUUAUUUCUUGGCCAGGAGCAGUGACUUCCUGGAGAAAAACUUUGUUUUUUGUGCAGAUUAAACAAAAACCAAGGUUGCUGGUUGGCAGUUUUGUUUUGUUUUUUUACCUUCAGACAGAGCCAGGCUAGCUGUUUCCCCUUGUUUCCAGUCUUUAAGCUAAGCUAAGCUAGCCUAACCGUUGACUGGCCGUAGCUUCAUAUUUACUGUACAGACAUGAAAAUGUCGAUCCUCUCUAGAAAGCGACUAAUUGUGUUUCCCAAAAUGUGGAACUGUUCCUUUUAAAACCGUUGGAGACUGGAAUUUGAACACUACCCAGAAGUACUUUAGUUUUGUCUUGUGCAAAUUUUAACAUCUGCAAACAAGUCAGAAUUCCUGGUCACUGGUCCAUGUCUACUUCAGGUGGCACUUUGUUGUUGUUUUCCUCCCUCUAAAGUAGAAACAGACCAGUUGCUGGGACUGGUUUUCCCGUCUGGUCCACCAUCAUCACUCGUAUUUAAUCACCUCUCAUCUCUGUACAUGUUCUGUGUAUCACUACUUAUCUAUGACCUACACAUGUUUCUAUAGCUCAAGACAGAAGGAUCCAGUCUUUUAGCUCAAACAUUGGUUCUAAUCCUUCUUCAAGGUGCUGUCUAUUGGCUGAAUCCAUACACGUGUGGCAUCAAGCUCUCGAUUUUGUGCAGUUUACUUGAACUUCAUAGUACGGAUUCAGACCUGUGACCUCUAAUGUACAACCUCACACAUGUAAGAUUUAGUUUCAUUAAUCAAUAUUUACUUGUGAAUAUGGAUUGGAAUCAAUUGAACCACUGUAAACCAAUGACUUCAUAACAUAACAGGGGCUAUAGAAGAACUUUAUGACGCAGAAUUACUUGAUCAGAUUUCAGCAAAUCAGCAUUCACAUGGAUGGAGAGAAAAGAAAUGAAAACAUGACAAUUGUCUCAGUUUAGAGGAUGGAUUAGCAUAUACCUCAUUCCCAGUCCAGCAGCGCUGGAACUUAAAAUGCUAUUGUAUUGACAUUAACAGUUAUAAACAGCAUUAUGUACACUCAGUUUAAAAAAACAAAAACAAAUCUCACUUAUGUUGUAGCUUUCACCUGAUUGAGCUGAUUGCUUAUAGUUUGUUCAUAACUGUGUGUUUUAAAAAAAAAACAACAAAAAAAGAGCUGUGAGAUAUUAAAUCUUGUAUGUUUUUUGUUUUUUUCUUGGGACCAUUUUGUUUGACUUUAGAUCUUGUACAGAUUUAUGGUUUGGUUUGACUUAUUUAUUCCAUCAGUAGUGCUUGGUUUUUAUCAUGUCCAAUGGUUUUGUUUUCUUAAUAAAAUUCACAAAACGUU